AUGUCAGCUGGCGAACAAGGAAGCCAGUAUGUCUUCAACAAAAAUAUAAGAAUUACACAGUUAGGAAAAUCGGGUAAAAUCGAAGAUGCAAUCAAAGUUUUCACUCAAAUGACCCAGAAAAACACUGUCACAUACAAUUCAAUGAUCUCUGCCUAUGCUAAAAAUGGCAGAGUCAAUGAUGCACGCAACCUGUUCGAUAAAAUGUCUCGCAGAAAUUUGAUUUCUUGGAACACAAUGGUUGCUGGGUACGUGCAUAAUGGCAAGGUCGAUGAAGCUUAUAAGCUGUUUGUUAAAAUGCCUCGGAGGGACUUGUUCUCUUGGACUUUGAUGAUUACUUGUUAUACGCGUAAUGAGGAGGUUGAGAAGGCGAGAGAGUUGUUUGAUUCGCUUCCGUUUAGUUAUAGAAAAGAUGUAGCGUGUUGGAAUGCGAUGAUAUCGGGCUAUGUGAAGAAAGGAAGGGUUAAUGAAGCAAAGAGGUUAUUUGAUGAAAUGCCUGUUAAGAAUUUAGUUUCGUGGAAUUCAAUGCUAUCUGGCUAUACUCAGAAUGGAGAAAUGCGAUUGGGUUUGGAGUUUUUUGUAAGAAUGGAUGAACGCGAUGUGGUUUCGUGGAAUUUGAUUGUUGAUGGGUUUAUCCAAGUGAGUGAUUUGGAUUCUGCUUGGAAGUUUUUUCAGGAGAUUCCGAAGCCAAAUGUUGUUUCUUGGGUUACAAUGUUAAGUGGGUUUGGACGAAAUGGAAAGAUUUUGGAGUCCAGGAGACUCUUUGACCAAAUGCCGAGUAGAAAUAUUGUUUCUUGGAAUGCAAUGGUUUCUGCAUAUAUUCAAAACAAUAAAAUUGAUGAGGCUAGGAGGCUAUUUGAGGAGAUGCCAGAGAUGGAUUCUGUGUCAUGGACUACUAUGAUUAAUGGGUACGUUCGUGUUGGUAAGCUUGAUGAAGCAAGGGAGUUAUUGAAUAAAAUGCCUUACAGGAAUGUUGGGGCCCAAACAGCAAUGAUUUCUGGUUACAUACAAUGUAAUAAAGUUGAUGAAGCUAGAAAAUUCUUUGAUGAGAUAGGCACCCAUGACGUGGUUUGUUGGAACACUAUGAUUGCAGGCUAUGCACACCAUGGAAGAAUCAAUGAAGCUGUCUGUCUGUUCAAACAUAUGGUCAAUAAAGAUAUGGUUGCAUGGAAUACCAUGAUUUCUUGUUAUGCUCAAGUAGGUCAAAUGGAUACAGCAGUGAAGAUCUUUGAAGAGAUGGGGGAGAAGAAUUUAGUAUCUUGGAAUUCUUUAAUUACCGGUUUCGUGCUAAAUGGACAGCAUUUGGAUGCUCUAAAAAGUUUCGUGUUGAUGGGGCAUGAAGGAAAGAAACCUGAUCAAUCAACUUUUGCAUGUGGACUACGUUCAUGUGCCACUAUUGCAGCCCUGCAACUUGGGAAGCAACUUCACCAGGUUGUUGUGAAGAGUGGUUAUUUGAAUGAUUUAGUUGUCAGCAAUGCAUUGAUCACCAUGUAUGCUAAAUGUGGAAGAAUCUUGGAAGCUGAGUUUGUGUUCAAAAGAAUCUGUCAUACUGAUGCUGUUUCUUGGAAUUCUUUGAUUGGUGGAUAUGGACUAAAUGGAUAUGCAAAAGAGGCACUUAAACUCUUUGAGGAUAUGGCUUCAGAAGGGAUGGUUCCUGAUGAAGUCACCUUCAUUGGUAUUUUGUCUGCAUGUAGUCAUGCUGGCUUGGUUGAUCACGGCUUAAAAUUGUUUAAAAGCAUGAGUGAAGUGUAUGCUAUAGAACCAUUGGCUGAGCACUAUGCUUGCAUGGUUGACUUGCUUGGGCGGGUGGGGAGGUUAGAUGAAGCCUUUGAAAUGGUGAGGGGAAUGAAGGUAAAAGCCAAUGCAGGAGUCUGGGGUGCAUUACUUGGGGCUUGCAGGACACACAGGAAUUUGGAACUUGGAAGGUUAGCUGCUCAGAAGCUUUUGGAAUUUGAACCUCACAAAACAUCAAAUUAUGUGCUAUUGUCAAACAUGCAUGCUGAAGCAAGCAGAUGGGAUGAGGUGCAGGAAGUAAGGAUGUUGAUGAAUGCAAGGAGCACAGGAAAAGAACCGGGAUGCAGCUGGGUUGAGGUGAAAAAUCAAAUGCACCGCUUUCUGUCAGAUGAUUCAACUCAGUCCAGAGCCCCAGAGAUUGGCACUACUCUGACAAGGUUAACUGCUCAGAUAAGAAACACAUUUCACAUUUCUGAAAUCUCUGCUUGA